UCGGGCUGCGACUCCUGCUUCGACUUCCGUCGCCUCUCCUCUUUGGUUUCCUUUUACGGAGCUCGAAAACCCUAGAGGAAGAGGAAACCUCUCUCUCUCUCUCUCUCUCUCUCUCUCUCUCUCUCUCUCUCUCCAUCUAUACUCGGAAGUUUUAUCUAGAUCGUUUCGUCUCUUUCAAAUUGGUCGCGUUUGAAUCACAGUGACCGAGAACUCUGUCACCGCUUUCUACGGUUUUCGGUCUGGAGAUGGAGGCCCAACCUUCGACUCCUGCUGAGUCUCUAUACUACGCCCAAAGGGUCGGUGAAACGUUCGUUAAUCGGUAUUAUCAUUUUCUUCGCAAUUCUCCGGAGUUGGUUCACCGAUUCUACCAGGAAAGUAGCAGGCUUGGCCGUGCUGAUGACCAUGGCAACGUCACCUCCAUCACGACCAUCGAUGCAAUCAACGAGAAGAUAAUGUCGAUGGACUUCUGCACGCUAGAAAUAAAAGCGGUGCACAGCCAGGACUCUUUUGGUGGUGGGAUGAUGGUCCUAGUGACAGGGUUUCUCACCAGGGUGGACAAUGUCAAGAGGGAUUUCGUCCAGUCCUUCUUCCUGGCUCCCCAGGAAAGGGGAUAUUACGUCCUGAACGACAUACUUAUGCAUGCUGGAAAAGUCACUCCUCAAUUGGAGAACAAGGGCUUGACGAAUGGUGUUAGCUCACCUGUUGUGCCCGAGCAUGGACAAGAAGAAAAUGUCUCGGUGCCCAUUGUCAAAGCGAGUGGAGUCUGUAAUCCUCGGAGCAAUGGGGAGAGCUGGAAUUUGCAGGAGGAAGAACCAGGUAAUGAGGUCGUUGAUGAAGUUUCAGAUUGUUUUCAGGCUGUAGGGGUUAAAUCAAAAGAUACGAGCGUUCAACAGGAAAUGGCCAAGAAAACAUACGCUUCAGUAGUGAAAGCUAAGAAAGACCUUCCUUGGGUUUCAGUGGUCAAAACAGAACAACAUCCAAUCUCUGCUCCUCCAGCAUCUAAUGGGCCUACUUUCAGUUCUAGUGCUUCCAGAUGGCAGAAAAUUCAGAUGGCAGAAUCUGAUGGUCAUUCCAUAUAUGUGAAAAAUUUACCUUUGGAUGCAACACAUGCUCUACUUGAGGAGGAGUUCAAGAGAUUUGGUCCUAUCAAGGCUGGUGGCAUACAACUUAAAGGCAACAAGCUACAAAGCACUUGUUUUGGUUUUGUGGAGUUCAAAUUGGCUGGUGCUGUCCGAUGUGCAAUAGAGGCUUCUCCCAUACUUAUAGCUGGCCGUCGAGUCUAUAUCGAGGAAAAGAGAAUAUUUGGUUCAGGAGGCAAGUCUGAUAUAACUCUUUAUACGCAUAUUUGCAUACAAUAGACUAUGUUCGUAAUUGUUUUAUUUAUCGAAGAUAACUGUUUGACAUUAUAUCACUUGAGAAAAAAGAAGAAGAAUAAACUGAUGAAUUUGAACUAACCGUAAAUGACUUUAUUUCUUACAAUGUCGGUGCAGCAAGCAGAUUAACCAAUUAGGUACACAACCUAGUGAAUACAAAGCAAAUUAUUGCCAAAGACUUUCAGCACUAGGCUAACAAAAGACAGCAUCAUGCAUGCACUUCCUUUUCCAACGAAACCGGAAAACUUUCAUGGUCAUCCAUCAUAUUGUGCUCACUGUUAGUGUUCUGCAGUUAAUAACAGAGGAAGAUUCCCCCUCGGUGAAGGGGGUGGGGGAACCAAAAAGAUGGAAUUAGCGAGAGGUUCCAUAACAGAUGAGAUAUUGUAGGCAGCAUCGGAAACAGGAGAGACUCUUCAAAUGGAGUCGAUAACGGAUCUUGGAGAGUUGAUCAAAUUGACCCAAAUGAUGGCCAGGGAAGCCAUUACGGAUCCAACAUCAGUUAAAACUAAUGAGCUUUUUUCAUCAGGCCCCCUAAUCAGUUGGAUAAUCCAAAGUCAUUACAAGGUUUUUUGAACUAUAAGGUUCAUUUUGUUUGGAUCUUUGAACUUAUUUUUGCCAAUCCUAAGCAACUAAUUUUCUAGUGGCUAA